CCGGCAGGAAUGCACCCCACCUGGAAACUUCUGUCUUUAUCACAGCCUCAGUAGGAGACUGUGGUUGUCUGCAUUUGAUUUGCCAUGGCAACAUUAUACAGACGAUUGCAGACUCUCAGCAAGAACCUGACUGAAUUUGAAGUUUACACUAGACGCGUCAAGGUAUAAAUUCAUUUUCCGAACAUUUGCUCUUCCCUGGGUUUGCAUCUUUUCUCCAGAACAGCCCUGUUUUGGAGAGAGUUUCACAGCAGACUGCAAGAGAAAGCUGAGAGAGGAAGUCUGCCCCCAGCCAGCCAACCUGCUCUGCCUUCUCCUUCAGAGCACAUCUGGAAGUGGUUUCAGGAGCAGCCUCUGCCUGCAUAAGGCUUGGAUUCCCAGCUGCUGAAGGAGUGGAAGAAACCCGAGCCAUUCAGUCAACGCAAGCGCGGAGGGUGGGUAGGGACGGCUGAGGCACACGCUCUCAGAGACAGCGUAUUGGCAGUGGGGCUCAUAAGCCCUUUGAGAUUUCCAAUGGGAUCUGGGAAGCAGCAGAAGCAACAGGAAGCUUAGUCGUCCCACCGGGCCAGCCGCAGUUUGAACGCUCAGCUCUGCAGCGGUUCUGGACCAAGUUGCCCAAAGCCUACCCUCACAUCCAACAGGUCCCCGUUAUCCAGGUGGAUACACAUGGCUCUUCUACGCAAAAUUAAUCAAGUGCUGCUGUUUCUUCUGGUCCUGACGCUCUGUGGGAUUCUGUACAAGAAAGUUCGUAAGGGAGCUGUACUUAAGAAUGAAGCAGAUGAUGAUUCUGAGUCACCCGAGGACGUGGAAGAGGAGAUUCCAGUGGUGAUCUGUGCAGCUGCGGGGAGAAUGGGCGCAGCCAUGGCGGCCAUUAAUAGCAUCUACAGCAACACUGAUGCCAACAUUGUGUUUUAUGUAGUUGGACUACGGAACACUCUGUCUCGAAUACGACAAUGGAUCGAACAUUCUAAACUGAAAGAAAUAAACUUCAAGAUUGUGGAGUUCAAUCCUAUAGUCCUCAAGGGGAAGAUCAGACCAGACUCGUCGAGGCCUGAACUGCUCCAGCCCCUGAACUUUGUUAGGUUUUAUCUCCCUCUGCUUGUCCAUCAGCAUGAGAAAGUCAUCUAUUUGGACGAUGAUGUCAUCGUACAAGGUGACAUCCAGGAACUGUACGACACCACCUUGGCUCUGGGCCAUGCAGCGGCCUUCUCAGAUGACUGUGAUUUGCCCUCUGCUCAAGACAUCCACCGCCUUGUGGGGCUACAGAACACAUACAUGGGCUAUCUUGACUACCGAAAGAAGAGCAUAAAGGAGCUUGGCAUCAGCCCCAGCACCUGCUCGUUCAACCCUGGUGUCAUUGUCGCCAACAUGACCGAAUGGAAACACCAGCGCAUCACCAAACAGCUGGAAAAAUGGAUGCAAAAGAACGUCGAGGAAAACCUCUACAGCAGCUCCCUGGGCGGAGGCGUGGCGACCUCCCCCAUGCUGAUUGUGUUUCACGGAAAGUAUUCCACCAUCAACCCACUGUGGCACAUAAGGCACCUCGGCUGGAACCCUGAUGCAAGAUAUUCGGAGCACUUUCUGCAGGAGGCUAAACUGCUCCACUGGAACGGACGACACAAACCCUGGGACUUUCCUAGCGUCCACAAUGACUUAUGGGAGAGCUGGUUUGUUCCUGAUCCUGCAGGGAUCUUUAGACUGAAUCACAAGAGAUGAGAGACUCUCAUCAGAAUACUCCCUGGAUACAAAUGGAACGGCCUUUGUACCCUGCAACACCGUUCUUUACGAGCAACGCUUCUGAUAUACAUGACCUACAGUGUAAGAAACAAAACUACUGUGUACAAUUAGAACCAUGGCCCUCACACACAGACUUAACCUCCUGAAGUUCAGAUGAGACUUAGGAGCAGCCCCCACUCAUUCUUCUCUGUGGUUUGAGACAGGAUCUCACUAUGCAUCCUAGGUCUCGGCCUGAAUGAAAACUGUAUCUGAAAACUUUCAAAAUCUCUUAAUUUCUUAGAUAGUUUUGGAGCUGUUCUUUUGUUUUGACUUUGUUUAAGAUGGGGUCUCCCCGGCUGGAGAGUGUUUAAUAAGAGUGUGGCUGCUCUUCCAGAGGACCCAGGUUUGAUUCCCAGUACCCACAUGGCAGUUCACAGUCCUUUGUAAAUACAGUUCCAGGGGAUCGGACAUUCUCUUGUGGCCUCCGCAGGCCCUGGGCACACAGGAUGUACAGAUAUAUUGCAGGCAAAACGUCCAUGCAUGUUUUAAUAAACAAGUUAGCCGGGUGGCAGCAGCAGAUGCCUUUAAUCCCAGCACUCAAGCGGCAGAGAGAGGUAGGCAGAUCUCUGUGAGUUCGAGGACAGCCUACUCUCCACAGUGAGUUCCAGGACAGCCAGGGCUACACACAGAGAAACCCUGUCUCAAAAGCAAAAAGACACAAAGGUAGGGUUUCUCUCUAUAUCCCUUUAUAACUUGGAACUCACUAUAUUGAUUUCAAACUCACAAAGAUCUGCAUGACUGUAUCCUGAGUACUGGAAUUGAAGACCCGGGCCACCGUGCCUGCCUGCAGGUUUUUUUCUUUUUUUAAACAGGUCACCAGUUUUGUCUUUUAUAAAACUAUAAUUUCAAAAAAAAAGUAGUAUCUGUAAAAAUAAACGAUUCAAGCUUUUGUGACUUCCCUCAUGUAUUACUCUACAUGAUAAAUGUAACAGACAGUAAACUGUCCUCAGGUUCACAGCGGGGAAGAAGACCCUUAAAUCUUGCUGAGAAAAGUCUGUAUAUUGUUAAGUACAGCCAUUCUUAAUGUUCACUGUGAAAAUGAUCAGACUUUCGCAUGUUUAAAAUCUCAGUAUUAUUUAAUGAAAACAAAUCCCACCCUGUCAGUACAGGGUGCACAGCACUCACUACUCACCAUGUUCAAGGAAAAGCACCAGGACAGUACUCAGAGGGUCCACGCACCCACUCUCCAGUCAUAAUUUAAAGGUAUUUCUCCAUGGUAAAGCUACAAUAGUUACAUACCAAGGCAAUACUACAUGCUUUACAGUCCCAUGAAAAAAAAUAAUUCAAUUGAUUCUAAUCCCUGAUGCAAGGCACUUCAAAGCACCCGCAUGAAAUGCCCAUGUAAACAGCAGUGCAGUGCCCCUUUCAAAUCACAUGACUUGUACACAGCCUGACCCAGACAGAAGGAAAAGGAAAGUCCAUCAUUGCCACAGCUAAAGGCAUGUUAAAAAUUUCUACCAAGAAACUGCUUCUCUCAUUAUUCAUAGAACAGGCUACAUAGCCUCUGUGAAAUACAAAACCCUCGUGGACAUUUCAUAUUGAAAAACCAGCGAGCUCCAGGAGUACCAUCAAGUCAGAGAACUCGAGAGUGGUCAGGCGUGGAUGCACCAGGCAUUUCUGAAUACCCACGGUUAAUAUCCACCAGCCCUGGUGGGCUGUCUGUAGCCCUGUGGAAAAUGCAUUAGCAACCACAAAGGCACAAAUUCCAAUCAACUUUUUCAUGAGGCUCACUUAGUCCACAGUAAUCAAUAGCAGUGACAAUAAUUUUUAAAUCAUUCAUCAAUGAUUAGCUUUACCUAGCAAGAAACGUCCUGUAUCAGGACAUCCCACGUACAUAGCACCAGUUGGAACAGGACUAUUAAGCACCUGCGCCCUCGCAUUGCUCACUGGAAAGUUCGUUUCUUAUCACUUUCCAUGUCAAGGUUAAAAUCAGAACAGUGAGGAACACUGACAGGGAUUCAGUAAAACAGACGCGUGGCAGGCUGUACAAGUCCUACUGUGUUCUCAGGAGCCUACCAGCUCAGCAGAAGUGUCUGCCUCUGAGGGGCGAACACACAAGAGGCAGAGGUCAACAGCAGGGCUCAAAAUCCCCACCAAGUAUGGCCACACCGUUCUUCUCUUACCAACCAUCUGCCACACACACCUCUGGGAGAGUAAGGGGGUUCUGGUUCAGCCCCAGCUUUGAUUCCACGGAGGGUUAGUCAGCUUCAAACCUGGAGACUGACAGCUGCAUUUUUACCGAGUCGACUCUUACUAGCAUGCCUUUCUGAGGCAUCUAAAGGGAUGAGGGCAUAGAUAGGUAUGCACAGUGAAGAAUCAACUUUAAAUAUUCAGACUGUUGCUUUUCUAAAAUCACAGAUUGAAGUGACUCCUCGAAGAAAACCAGUUUCUUCAUACAUGAAAUAUAGUAUAUAAAAAGCUGGAAUGAUGGGCAAUUCAAAUACAAAACUCAAGUACAAAACACCCUACUUUUGGUUUCCAAACUACACAGAUUAUUCAUACCAUAUAACUGCUCCAUAUAUAGUUACACCACUAGCGUAAAGUACUAUUAAUACUAAAACUCCUCAGUUAGCAAACUGAGGCUCUGUGUCCUGACAACUGCACUAAAACUGCAGCGCUGAGCCAGAGCUGAGGCAUCUUCGCUAAGCAUGGCUUCCUGCAUGGCUUCCUGCUUCCUGCUCUCCUGUGCCACAAUUAUUGAAAGAAGGGAUCUGCUCUGCAAACGACUGCGCCAUCCACUGCCCGUUUGGAACGUCGCUCGGAGCUGAUUCUCCUCCCAGCUCCGCACUGUUGGCUGCUGGGAAGGAAAAAAAAAUCUUAGUUCAUUGUCCAGUUUAAAUUGAUCUAAUUAGGAGAUUUUAAAAGUGCAUGAAAGAACUACUAAAAUACUGAGUGAGCUUUAAAAACCAAUGAUGAGUUAUUACUAGAUUUUCAGAUGGAGGGCCCACAAACCAUCGUUUGCCACUCAAGGAGGGAAAGGCAAACCGCUUGGUUUCCAAGCCGACUAAGAUCAUGUGUGAGAAGCUUUAAUCACUUGGUUACAUUUUCACAGUAGCAUUCUAAAUCUUGAGCAAUCUCCCUCUCUCUAGCAUCCCCACCACCCCCAGUCCUCCCUCCGCAAGGACGAGUCUGGAGGGAAACAUACUUAGCCCAUUUGAAGCAAAGCCACAAGGUUCCCCAUUACACGGGUUUUCACCACAGGCACCGCCAUACGCUGCCUCAUAGCCUGGGUCAUACUUUUCUUCCUUAACAGCCGUCCUCUUUGCGUCCUCUGUGGGGAGGGGAAAAGGGGAUUGAAAUCAAUGCUGUAUAAAAAUUUUCUACGCAAAUGCAGCUGAGUCAUAUAAUUUGCGGCUGUUUUUCUUUUUAAGAUUUGUUAUUUUUUAUCUGUAGUGUCUGUGAGGUGCAUGAAUUUAUAUUCAUUCGGGUGCCCAAUUCCUGGAACUGGAAUUACAGGUAUGUGUGAACUGCCUGAAGUGGGUUCUGGGACCCAAACCCUGGUCUUCUGCAAGAGCAACAAGUGCUCCCGACCACUGAGGCAUCUCUCGAACCCCAUUUGCUAUCGUCCUUAAAAUUCUUUGUUGCACACAGGAAAUUAGGCUGUAAAAACCGGAAAAACCCACUGCACUCCAUUUUACACAGAGAGAUGCUCCUUGGACUCAGAAUACUGGGAAAACCGCGGUAUAUGGACCCGUGAACAGACACUAAAACCCGCUACCAGAGGAAGCUGGUGAGGGAGGGACGGUAGCAAACCUUGUGCGAGCUGCAGGUCGAACGUGUACUGCACCUCCUGAACGUCCGUGCUGCGCUCGAUGCCCUUCAGCUGGUCUCGCAAGUCCUUCAGCUUAAUGUAGUAAUGGACUUUGUCCUGCGCCCGAGGGAACUGAGCGCACCGGGCACUGGAGGACGGCAUGACGUAGCAGAGCUGGGACCAACAAGUUUCAGAGACGUUAACAUCUGCCUGGAUGCACGUCUACCGUGCUGAGGAAAACUGAACUUCAUUUGGCUUAACAGCUUGAUAUGUAAAUCAACCAAAGAAGCUGCAUUUGAAGAUCUCCAAGUGUAGCUUGCUUUGAGUUCUUUUAUCACAAACUAUGGACAAAACCGUGUGCGUAAUUAAUUUAGAAAUGUUCCUAGGGAUUGGAUGAAAUACUAGAAGUGAAUGGUGGAGGGAAAGACACUUGCAUUUAUCAUGUUGAUUGGUGACAAACUAUCCUUAAAGAGCAGAACCCAUUUUUUUGUUCUCUACACAUAAAUGAGGAAAUAAACUAUUAUAUUUACGGCAA